GUACGUUUGCCAGGGGGUAUUAAAUUAAUCAUUAUAUUCCCUAGUAAAAGUUAUUCUAUUAUCGUUUGUAUGGCAUAUUUUCAUUAGCCAUGAUGGACUCCAGAGAUGAAGUUGUCUUAGCUUUGACAGAUGAUAUGGAUACUGGUUCAUCUUCGGACGGACCUCAUAGCCCAUCAACGCGACGCUCAGCUGUAAUCGGUCAUUUCCUCUUCCGUUCUUCUGCUUUGAUUAUAUAUAUACUAUGCGCUUGGUUUACAACGUCUUUCGUUCUUCCGUUUAUCUUUAUACUUGUUUGCUUAUCACUUGAUUUUUGGGUUGUAAAAAAUAUUUCUGGACGCAUCUUAGUUGGUUUACGUUGGUCGAGUUAUACUGAUGACGCCGGAGUGGUACAUUGGCGAUAUGAUUCACGUAAACCUUCACCUAUAGAUUCUGCUGAUGUUUCUUCCCUUAGUCGACGUGAAUUAGCCGCUCGUAUGGCUAGACAACAAUUAUCUCGUUUAUUUUGGAUUGGUUUAAUUGCAAGUCCAGCAAUAUGGUGUAUAUUUUUCUUGGCGUCAUUAUUUUCAUUGCAUAUUCGUUGGGCUUUUGUCUGUACCAUUGCUUUAUGUAUGAAUAUAGCAAAUGUUUAUGGUUAUAUUCGUUGUUGGAUGUCUAAUAUGAAUGAAAGUGAAUCAAACAUUUUAAAAGUAAUCAAAUCUACAGCAACUAGCAAAAUGUCUAAUUUAUGGCCUUCAUCUCAAACUAAAUCCAAUCUAAAUAACACAUCUGGAAGUGGUCUACCAUUAGUUGCCUAACAAGCAAAACAAACACACAUCUCACGUAUUCCUCUAUACAUAAUGUAAAAAAAAGAGACUCAGUAAAUAUGUUCUGAUUUGUAACUGUGAUAUAACCAUAAAAUUGCACCUUAUUUCUGAUUAUGCAUCUUACCCUUCUCAAUUUCAUCGGAUAUUUAAUAUCAUAAAAGGAAACAAUACAUGGUGUAAAUGUAAUGUCAAACAUGUAGGUACUUGGAAAAGAACAGAGUAUAUUUUCUAUUUAGAUUAAUAUAAUCAAUUGUUUCCAUUGUGUGAGAUGAAUUCAAUUUUUAAUAUUGCUAAUUGUAUAUGUUUCCUAAAUAAAUAAACAUCUACUUAGUUACAGAAAGAAAAAAAAAUAUUCAUCAGACUUUUGAAGGUAAAGUACUUAAUUCAGUCAUCAAUAGGAUUGGUAAACAAUCCAUAUGUUAAUGGUUUUUGAUGAUGCAAGUUUUCUUUUUGAUUUCAAAUUCUUGUUAUGAUUAUUUCCAGUCUACUUGUAUUUGGGUUUUCAUGUAACAGGUGUUUAUUCCCCUCAUCUCUCUCUAUCUCCUUCUAUUUUACAGUAGUAAAACAUGAUCGGUAAGAGUAGAGGAUAUCCGUAGGUUACUAGUAUUUAAUCAUAGGUGUCUUCGAAGCAUUGAUCGUAUAUCCUGGGACCAUCGGGUAAGCAACGCAGUUGUUAGGAAACGGAUACUAGGUAAGGAUGGAAAAUCAAUUGAUGAAGUGAUGAAACUUUAUCAGUUGAGAUAGCUGGGAUAUAUGUUACGUAAGCCCAACCACCAACUGCCCCGACGGGCGAUAUUUUAUGGUGUAGGAGUAAGUUGGAAGAAAGUUAGGGGCGGCC